AUGCUCACCUGGGCCGACCUCUUAGGCCUCGCCCGCGACCUGCUGCCCGCGGCCUUUCACCUGCGGACGUCCCUGGCGGCGAGCACGUGCCCUGCGUGCCCCUCGCUGGAGUGCCCGCACGUGGUGCUGCCGGCGUGCCCCGGCUUGCAGUGCGGGGACUGCUCGUGCCCGGAGCCGGCCGGCCUGAGCGGGCUGGGGCCGCUCCUCUGGGCGGGCGCGGGCAUCGCGCUCGCCAGCGCCUUGGCUGGGGGCUUCACGGGCUUCCUGCUGGGCGCGCUCGUCGGCGCCCCGUGCGGCGGACGGUGGGUGUGCCUCACUCCCGACUUGCAGCUGCAGAUCCACGAUCUCAACGACCAGAGGCACAAAGUGUUUUCGAGGAGGGCGGCCUUCCCGGCCAACGUGGCGGCCGCCUCGUACGUGUUCGACGACGACGCGGUCUCGGCCGCCCAGAUGGAGGAGUUCAGGGGCCAGGCGAGGGUGCAGGCAGCGAUCUUGGGGGACGGUGAGUUCGGCGACGUCGAGGUCCACAAGUGGGUCGUAUACCAGGUCGACGACGAGCACUUCGGCAAGGAGGUCCCCGAGGAGGUGCUGGCGGACGCACAGAGGUUCGUCAGUCUCGGGAACCUCGGCGUCGUGGACUGGCUCGGUGCCAAGCGAUUCGUGGAGCGAGUCAGGGACGACAAGGUCGACGACUGGAAGGAGAAGCGAGAGUCUUCGGAGGGCGACUCGAGGAUCCUCGGCUUGCAUCGGAAGAGGGGGAAGCGGAACUUGGCCCUCUCGGAUGCGGUCGACCUCUUCACGGAGGAGACGUUCGACGACUGGCCUUUCCCGCCGCCUAGGGCGGCCAAGGAGUACCUGGAGUCGAUACGCGACGGGCCUGGCUCGAUGGUGGUGUACGAGAGCGAGUGGAGGCAGGACAGUGGUGUUGGCGACGGUACGGCGGCGCUUCACGAGCACCGCAACAACACCGAGGUCCUGCGGCUGGCCCACCAGGUGGACCAGCUCAACAUACCCAACCUGGCGUGCUUCGAGCAGUUGGUGCGCAGGCAGAUCCAAAUCGAGAUGGCGGUCGAGAGGAACGCGAAACAUCCCGACUACGCCGGCCUGGACCUGGUCAUGGGCGGCCCGACUACAGAGAGCGGUGCGGCGGCCAGCGCGGGCUUCCGCGGCUGGAUCUACAAGAAGCAGGGAGAGCGUGCGCAGACCCUCAAGCAGUCUCGUCUUCUUCGGGAGGAGCGGCUCAAUGAGGACAAGCGCUACAAGAGUGGCAAAGUUUUGAUCGUGGAGGCGCUGGCGUUCGGCGGCGACUCUGCAGCCAGAGGCGACAUGGCGAGAUCUUCCCGCUUCCGUCGCCGGCAGCUCCGAGCUUGGCUUCUCCUGGCGCUCCUCGAUAUGUUCAGCAGCGUCGGCGUGAGCAGCUCCAUCGGCAUCAGCGAGAGUGUGAAGCGGUUAGAUCACUCAACCAGCUCGCUGCCGCAACUACUUCUUUCUCGAGCGUCUCAAGUACGCGACGAUUCGGAGCACGUCGCUCGGCGCGUCAAGGCGCACGGCCCGCCGCCUCGAGACCUGGACGAGGACGGAGCCCUCGCGGAGCUCCUUGCGUCCAGGGACCUGUACUCGCAGGAGCCGAAGAACCUCGCUGAGUACGACAUCUCGAAGCUCAAGAUCUGCCGCUCGGGCACCGUGGCGAAGGACGCAAAGACGCUCUUGCCGCCCGAGACGGCGGGCCUCAUCAAGCACUAUAAGCAUUGCGUGGAGCGCGAUGCAGAGCAGAUACUGGAAGCUCAGGUGGCCCAGGACUUUCCCAGGCCGUAUUGGGACCCGAAGCUGGCGCGGGACCACGACAGCCUCUUUGAGCUCGUGGGCCGCCUCAGGGACGCCAACCUCAUCGGCUUCCGCAAGAAGCUCAAGGCGAAGGUCGGCAUCUUUUUCGUCAAGAAGAAGGACCCCGCGUGGAUCAGGCUCAUCAUUGACGCCCGACAGGCGAACCGCUGCCACAAGACGCCACCGAAGACACGGCUGGGUUCGGUCGGCGGCUUCUGCGAGCUGGACCUCUCGGACACCGCGUUGCGGGACCUCGGGGGCUUCGGCGGCAUCGCGGAGAUCUGGGGCGGCACCAGCGACGUCGACGACUGCUUCUACCAGAUGCUGGUCGAGGAGCUGGGGUCCUGGUUCGGGAUCGACCUCCCGCGGGCCGCGGGCGCCUGGGGAGUUGCCCAGGUCUAUGACGAUGAUCUGGGUCGACGCGUGGCGGUCGAGCCUUCUGAGGUGGUCUACCCUGUCUUCCACGGCAUGGCCAUGGGGUGGGCGUGGGCGUUGCACUUCGCGAACGAGGCCGUCUCCUACCUGGCCUCCAAGAGCGCAGUGUGCCCUCGCUCGCUGGUACGCGAGCGGACGCCGGCCCCAGUGCUGCGGGCGGGGCAGGCCGUGUCGGGCGUGUACGUGGACAACUUCACCACGCUCGCCGGCGACCGCGAGACCGCGCUCGACUCGGUCCAGAGGUUCAGGCGCGCGGCGGAGGAGGCGCACAUCGGCACCCACGUCGACUCCGAGGUCGGCGUGGUCUUCGAGAGCCUCGGAGUGGUCUUCGACGGGAAGCGGAGGUGCCUGCGCCACGUGCCGCGACGCGCUUGGCGCGUCUACCUGGCCACUCGCGCCCUUCGGCGACGCCGCUGGAUCCACGGCAACGUCAUGGAGAUCUGGCUGGGGCACGUCGUCAACCUGUUCAGUCUGUCUCGGCCGGCUUUGGCGUGCUUACAGGCGGUCUACCCCUUCGUCGCGGCGGCGCGCGGGAGGCGCGUCCGCCUCACGCCGGCCAUCAAGAAUGAGAUGCGGCUCGUGCAGGGGCUGCUGUUUCUGUCCGAGUACGACCUGGGGGCCGACUUCAGCCACGAGGUCUACUGCUCCGACUCCUCGAGCUUUGGGUACGCUUUGCUGUCGACCACUGCGACGAGCUCGGAGCUUCGUGACCUCACCCGCUAUCGUGAGAGAUGGCGGUUCAAGCUCGUCGACACGCUGCCCGAGGUCGGGCUGCUUCGUCCAGAGUGGGUCGAGUACGCGGGGGGCCGCCUCGCGCCUGGAGGGUCGUGGGAGUUUCCUGAGGGUGCCUAUGCUGACGUUGCUGUGCGAGGGUCUCGACCCUGUGCCAUCGGCCCGCAGACGCAGUAUGGGCGCUCGCUGGAGGCAGCUGCCCAGGAGCGGCCUUUUUCCCGGCCUCGAGUCGGGCGCCGCUCACGGGAUCCGCGGCCGCGGCCCAGGCAGGAGGAGGUCGAGGUCCCGAGCGCCGUGCCCCCGAUCGACCGCUGCUGGGAUGAUGUCCGAAGGUGGAGGCACCUUCGAGUCGGGCGCUGGCGCUGGACAGAGGAGCACAUCAAUGUCAAGGAAGGCCGCGUGUCCCUCUUCGGCCUUCGCCGAGCGACGCGCAGCCGCCACAACCACGGGAAGCGGGUCGCCUCUAUCGGGGACAACCUGGUCUCGAUCUGUGCCUUCGAGAAGGGCCGCGCGAAGUCGUGGGCCCUCAAUGCGCUGGCGAGGCGGGCGGCUAGUUACCAGAUCGCUGCUCGGAUCCGCUGGCACUCACGGCACGUUGAGAGCAAGCGCAAUGUCGCCGAUGCCGCGCCUUUUCCAGUACAGGAGACCGUGGCUCUCGAGCUCUUUGCCGGCGAAGCGGGCCUCACUUGUGCUCUCCGGUCCCGCGGGCUGCGGGUCGGGCCGCCGUUCGAACUGGAGCGUGGUGCGAGGUUCGACCUCACCAGGAAAAGCACUCAGAGCCUCAUCAAGUCCUGGAUCCUCUCGGGCCUCAUAUGGUAUAUCCACUUGGGUACCCCAUGUACGGUCUGGUCAGUGGCGAGGCGAGGGGUGUCUAAUCUUGGGAAGGCUUACGCUAAGGAGGCGGUGGCGGUGGAGCUGGCUCUCUUCACCUCGGAGAUCUGCGUCUUGGCAUCUAGAUGCGGGGUCCUCUGGAGCCUGGAGAACCCCUCGUCGUCAGGUCUCUGGGAGUUCAAGCCCGUCGUGGACCUCAUGGGGCUCCCCGAGGUCUUCAAGGUCUCCUUCCACAUGUGCCAGUAUGAGGUCCUGCACAAGAAGCCCACCACAGUGCUCACCAAUCUAAGUGUUCUGGGGGACAUGUGCAUCGCGUCCUUGAAGGGCAGGAGCGAGUCUUGGGAGCAGAUGGACCAAGUUUUGUCAACCAGUGGGAUGAAGAUCUUGCCUCGCUUGUCGGACGGCGACGUGAUACAGCCGUCCAGGGAGCGCCUCCGCGGAGUGGUGAAGGGAGCGAUUCUGAAGUCCCCGCCCGAGCGACGGACUACAUCCGCGACCACAGGCUACGGUUUGGCCGCCACCGCCCGCUCUGGGCCGCGGAGGCAGAAGGCACUGAGGAGGCAGGCGGUGGCCGCUAGAGCUGCUGCGCCUCCUGAUCGCUUCCUCCAGGAGAGCACGGCUGGCGACAAGGCGAAGGACAUCUACCGCCGCGAGCUGGAGAAGUUCUACGACUGGGCCGAGCAGCAGACCCGCCCCGUCGGAUCCCUCUCGCUGGCGACGACGAUGAAGGAGUAUUUCUUCAGCAAGUUCCAGGAGGGCUAUGGGCCGAGCGUCGGUCGCGCCGUCUUCUUCGGGUACCUGUUGCUGAAGUCCAACAACUACAAGCAGGAGCGGGAGCGCCUCAGCGACGUCGAGAGGGCGAUCGCCGGCUGGGCCAAGCGGUCCCGCGAGGUGGUGAAGGACCCUGCGCCCCAGGAGGUGCUGCUGGACAUGGGCGCGUGGAUGCUGGACAACGGCCGCGGUGAGAGCGCGGCGUGCUUGGCCCUUCAGCUGGACGACUACGGGCGCCCGUCCGAGAGCGUCGAGCUGAUGGUAGGCAACAUGCUGCCGCCUGUCCCAGGUGUCCGCGGCACGGCUUCGCGGGACUGGGGCGUCGUCUUCGCCCCCGCUGAGCUUGGCUUCGUCACCAAGACCGGCCAGGUCGACGACUCCGUGGUGCUGGGCAGUCCUUCGCGGCCGUGGGCUCCGAAGGUGGCUGCCGCGCUGGUUCAGCGCGCGGCGCAGGCAUCCGGCGGCCGCAGCAGGCCAGCAGAUCCUCGUGCUCCUCUGUUUCGCAGCUUGACCUUGGCGAAGUACGAGCACGACUUCAAGGCAGCGUCGAAGGCCCUCGACUAUACCAAGCUCAACGUGACGCCUCACACCGUCAGGCACACCGCCCCGUCCCACGACAUCUACCACAAGCAUCGGAACCUUGAGCAGGUGCGCCGGCGCGGCCGUUGGGCGGCCAAGAAGAGUGUGACCAGGUACGAGCGCCACGCCAAAUUGUUGAAGCAGUACAACAAACUCGACCGCGUCCAGAUCUCGAGGAUGAACCGCUCAGCCCAGUCGUUUCCAGACAAGUUGCUGAGCUACCUGAAGAGGCGCUGA